AUGCAUCAAAAGCCUGAGUUUCAUCCUUUCUUAAGGAAAGUCCAGUUUUCUAACACUUCUGUGGGUGGACUGUAUUUGGAUGAGAAAGGGGAGCUGGCAGCCGACUACGAUAUUGUGAACUGGGUGCUUUUUCCCAAUAAAUCUCGUGGCAGAGUGAAAGUUGGGAGUCUAGAGAGAGAGGCAUUGUCGGACCUGAAGCUCACUGUUAACCUGGAAGCCAUUGUGUGGCCCGCGCACUUUAACAAGACCGUGCCUCGUUCAAGGUGUACAGAAAGCUGUCAUCCUGGAUACGCCAAAGUGGCUAAGGAAGGAGAGCCAGUUUGCUGUUAUGCUUGUGCUCCAUGUGCAGAAGGAACCAUCUCCACUCAGGAAGAUGCAGACCAGUGUGCCAAAUGUCCAGAAGAUCAGCAUCCAAACAAGGACAGAGAUCAGUGUAUCCCCAAGAUCAUUACCUUUUUGUCCUAUGAAGAAUAUUUGGGGAUCCUCUUGGCUUCCUUUGCUCUGUUCUUGUCUUUAACCACAGGAAUUGUGUUAGGAAUUUUCAUUAAAUUCCUAGAAACACCAAUAGUCAAAGCCAACAACAGGGACCUCUCCUACAUCCUCCUCGUCUUCCUCCUGCUUUCCUUCUUGUCUUCAUUUCUGUUCAUCGGCCAGCCCAGGAAAGUGACCUGCCUUCUCCGACAAACAGCCUUCAGCAUCAUCUUCUCGGUUGCUGUCUCUUCUGUCUUGGCAAAAACAAUCACUGUAGUACUGGCCUUCCUGGCCACAAAGCCAGAGAACAAAGUGAGGAGAUGGUUGGGGAAGAGUCUGGCCAACUCCAUCAUCAUUUCAUGUUCCAGUGUCCAAGUUGUCAUCUGCACCAUCUGGCUGGGGAUGUCGCCCCCAUUCCCAGAUUCUGACAUGCAUUCUCAACCUGGAGAGAUCAUCCUGCAAUGCAACGAAGGGUCUGUUGCCAUGUUUUAUGGUUCCCUGGGCUACAUGGGCUUCCUGGCUGCCAUCUGCUUCACGGUGGCUUUCCUGGCCAGGAAACUGCCUGGGGCCUUCAAUGAAGCCAAGCUGAUCACCUUCAGCAUGCUGGUCUUCUGCAGUGUUUGGGUCUCCUUUGUGCCCACCUACCUGAGCACGAAGGGGAAAUACAUGGUAGCCGUGCAGGUCUUCUCCAUCUUGGCCUCCAGUGCUGGGCUUUUGGGCUGCAUCUUCAUUCCCAAGUGCUACAUUAUUGUAUUCAGGCCUGAUCUGAAUACAAAGGAAUACCUGAUGACAAAAACUAAAGAUGGCAAUUGA